AUGUCUCCACCGAUUUCCAGCUUCAGCAAGCUCUCUAUUACACAGGGGAUGCAAUCACCUCGGAGCCACAGACGCGGUCACUACGGCGGAAAGGGCAAAGGCAAAGCCCCAGCCAGGGACGACGAUCCUUCGAGCUCGGAUGCAAGCGAUGACGAUAACUCUGAGGAGGAGCCCGAGGAAGGUCACGAAGAAGGCACUGAUGUCUCUUGGAGUGGACGUCUCUUUGCUCUUGACCAUUGCCGACAGCAUGGAACACGCUAUGCCUUCCAAAUAUCAUAUGCAGAGGUACGAAGAUACAGCAUCCGAAUCAGUACGACGGACGCUGGGAGUCCAACAUGCUCUUGCAACGAGGAGCCAACCUGCCGCCAUGUUACAUGGCUACUCGAACAGCUGUCCCGGACACGCGCGGACAUUGGCGACGGAUCACCUGUGACUCCGUAUGAGCAAAUUUUCAGUAUGGGUCUCGACACUCUCUGCGACGAGCUUCAUUGGGAGCUCAGGGAAGGAACCGAUUCGGAUACGGAAGAGACCACUUGGCAACUCAAGAAAGACUACUCAGCCUCGGCAAUUCCAAGGCAAACAAGAGGAAUGAUCAAAGAACGGAUGAAGACGGUUCGCGACAUAAUGGCCACGUUAUCUUCUUACGCUACAGACGACUUUCGACCCGAUAUAUUCGAUGCGCCUGACGAGAUUUCAAUGGAUGACCCCUUUACUCUUGGAGAUUUGGAGGCCACUCUGGCAAGGAUUUUAAUCAAGGACGACGACAUCUUCCAUCAGUUCAAUGCUCUUGUACCCCGCAAUGCUCGUGCUACGGACUACUUUCGCAAGAUGGGCCUGAAAGCUCAACACACAUUUGUCCGUCUAGACACUUAUUCGGAGUUCGGUCCUGCUGCUGCUGGUCAGCAAUACGACAUCGUCUGGUGCGCUCAGGAAUUGGUUGACAUUGCCAAUGCCAUCAGUGAAAAUGUUACCGAAAGACAACCUCUCAGUCCAUCAUCUCGAGAGGAGGCUGCCAAGUCACUCGUCUCCAUUCUUAGAAUUGUCGUAAAGGAUCGCAACCACGAUGCUUAUCAGAACUCACAAUGGCCAAGACGUCGACCACACGCGGAGCCGCAGAUCGAGCGCAACCUUUAUGAACGGCUCAUCGCUACCCAAUCUCGAGCGAAUCCUGCAGGCGGGAACUUCGUCUUAAAAGCACUCCUAGACUUACCAGAAGCUCAACCAUUUGUUGAUGACUUGGAAGAGAUUCUUCGUGUAUUGAAGACAAUCGGAUGGGGUCCGGCGCCCAAAGCCUACACGGACAAGUUGAGUGAAAUUAUCGCUCAGCUUAAACGUGGAUCUGGGCCAAGUACCUCUCUUAGCGCAGCAGAAACCGGGAGGGAACCUGCGAGCUCAAUGGAGGUACUCGCCGCCGCACAACAUGGGAAGAGGCCUGCGAGCUCAAUGGAAAGAAAAGCCAAGCGUAUGAAGUAG